AUGGCUAAUUCUCAAUCAUCUGCCGCACAGACUUCUACCAACUACAAAGAGGCCUUCUCGCUGUAUGACAAGCGUGGCAAUGGCCGUGUUGCCCUCGAAUCGCUCGGCGACCUCCUGCGCGCCUGCGGCCAAAAUCCCACCCUCGCUGAGAUCAGAGACCUAGAGAAACAAGUUGGGGGUGAUUUUGACUUUGACUCCUUCAGCAAAGUGCUCAACCGACCUGGUGGCUUCCGAGAUCCUGGCGAACCAGAAGAAUACUGCCGUGGCUUCCAAGUGUUUGACAAGGACAUGACUGGCUUUAUUGGGGUGGGCCAACUGAGAUACAUUCUGACGAACUUGGGCGAGAAAAUGAGUGACGAAGAGGUGGACGAGCUGCUGAAGGCCGUCGACACCAGUAGUGGGGAGAUCAACUACAUGGAACUCGUCCGAACGAUCCUGGCCAACUAG